AUGGAGGAACGUCGAUACUCUAUGCCUUACGCCAUUUCCACUCACAUUUCAACAGAAACGCCAAGAGGGACUUUUAAAGCUAAAGAAACAGAAGUUAAUAGUUCCUGUUUGGUAGAUCAUUUCGCGACAAAUGAUUUGCAAAUUACUGGGAAAUCAAAAUCCCUAACAAAUCCAUCCACCACCAAAUUAACUCUCUCGCGGACUUCUUUCUCCACCAAUCAUUCCGAUAAUUUAUUACCAUCUAAAACACAAAAGAAACCAAUGUUAAUGCGCGCUGAAGCAAUUGAUCUACCUGAUAUCUCUGGUACUUCGGAUAAUCACAGUAUAAGCGCAAAUUCACGGAUCAAACAUGACAUGCGACCUCAUUUGCUUGUCUCAUUUCUUGCGAAACAUUUUGAAAAAAUGCACAAAAAGAUGACGAAAAGACCACUAGGUUUAUCAUUAUCCUUUGACCUUGAUGGACGUCAACGAAUGCAUGUUUCACAACAGGGAUGUGAUUUGCAGGAUAAAAGUAGCAUCUCAUUGCCUGCUAAUAUCAAAUAUCCCAAUUCGUUUCAUAAUGGCUUGAAUUGCUUUCAUUGUCUCAUUGACGCAUCGUUACGUGAACGUAAACUUAGCAGGGUGGAGAAUGGAAUCCGAUUAUGGUCCAGUUCGGAUAUUCCCAGUGCACACUGUACCAAUUCCAAACAACAUAGUUCUCAAAAGUUUGAUACAAAUUGUAAAAUAUCGCUUCACGACAGCAUUCGCGUUAUCAAUAAGCGUGCAUUAGUUAAAUCAAUGAUAGCUAAACGAUUAGUGGAUGUGCAUUCAUCUCAAUUACAAGGUACCACAAUGGCAUUAUGUAAGCAUCGUACAAAGAAUUAUUGGUUCGAUCUCAAGAUUCAUGCCGACGAGCACAUUUGGGUACCAUUAUCAGGGCCAAGUACCAUGGCAAGCAGUUCACGUGAUACCGAAUGUUAUGUUGGUGAACGAGACUGCCGAAAAGUUGGGGAAAAGCGAAGUUGCGCCGCAUGCCAUAUUGUGGUCCAUACAGCAUGCUUGCCAAUUUUACGACAGUUAUAUGUGAAAUGCAAGAUAACGUAUCACGAAGAAAGUGCGACAAAAAAACAAAUUGCUUCGAGCAGCGAUGUUACGGAGGAAUCGUUAAAUGGACAUCAUUGGGUGCAUAAAUGGAAACAGAAAGGACGUUGCCUACGUUGCGGGAAAUCAUUUCAACAGAAAAUUUUCCAUGAUAAGAUAAUAAUCGCAAUCACUUGUUCAUGGUGCAAGAGAUCAUAUCAUAACAAAGUAGAAUGCUUCUCGUCACAAUGUUUUGAGAGAUCAUGCGAUCGCGGUGAUUUAAAAGAAAUGAUCGUGCCACCAACAUGGAUUCAGUAUUCAAAUCAACUUCAAACAAGGAAAAGAAAGAAAGUUGCAAAAAGAAAGAAACGCAGAUUGUUUAGGAUACGACCGAUGCCUUUAGAUGAUGGCACAUGGCUUCCAAGUCAACCACUACUUGUAUUUGUAAAUCCGAAAUCAGGUGGUAACAAAGGUUCGAAGUUGUUGCGCACAUUUUGCUGGCUUUUAAAUCCACGUCAAGUAUUCGAUGUUACUGCAAUGAAAGGACCUGAAUUUGGACUUGGUAUGUUCAAGAAAGUGGCAUCCAGUUUGCGGCUGCUCGUUUGCGGUGGCGAUGGUACCGUUGGAUGGAUUUUAAGUACUCUUGUCAAAAUGCAUUGGACGAAGUAUCCUCCAAUUGGCAUUGUUCCGUUAGGCACUGGCAAUGAUUUAUCCAGGCAAUGUCUUGGUUGGGGUGGUUCAUUCAGCGAUGAACCUUUGGCGGAACUUCUAAAUGCUGUUAUUCAUGAAACAUCCAUCACAUAUCUUGACAGGUGGAACAUAAAUGUGGAAUCCAAUUUGCAAAUCCCAAAUAUACAAGCAGAUGAAAUCGACAAAGCUGCUCAGAGCACGCUUACACUAACAGUGAUGAACAAUUAUUACAGCAUUGGAGCCGACGCUCAUGUAGCCUUGCAAUUUCAUCAUUCUAGAAGCGCAAAUCCACAAAUGCUAAACAGUAGGUUGAAAAAUCGAAUAGCAUAUGGUGGAUUAGGUACCAUUGAUUUGUUCAAGCGGACCUGGAAACUUCUUCAUGAAUAUAUCACUCUUGAGUGCGAUGGAAUUGACUUAACUUCAAAAAUUAAAGAGUUCAAAUUCCAUUGCAUAUUGUUCCUUAAUAUAACAUAUUACGCGGGAGGGACUGUUCCAUGGAGCAACGAUGAUGAGGAAAAACAUCGAUCUUCUAGCUGUGAUGGCAAACUAGAGGUUCUUGGUUUCACAACUGCUACGCUGGCUGCGUUGCAAAUGGGUGGCAAAGGUGAACGAAUAGCACAGUGCUCUCAUGCUCGUAUCACAACAAACAAAGCAAUACCAAUGCAAGUAGACGGUGAACCGUGUCUUCUAGCACCGAGUACCAUCGAAAUUACCUUUCAUAGCCAGGUUCCAAUGUUGCGUCGUGAAAAGAAAUCAAAUUAUAUGCCAGGAAAUCUUAAGAAAGAGCGAAAAAUAUCCAAACAACAACGGAGUAUCAGCAGUAGUCAAGCGCCAUCGACUCUAAUAGGCUAUUCAUUACCUGUACUGUUGACCACUUCCAUCGAUUAUAAUGCUAAUCGAGAUAAUCUGGAACGGCUCAAAAUAGCUGCUACGGAAAUCGGAAAAAUUCAUGUAGAAGCAGAAGCUGAACUGGAUAUUGUACGACAAAGAAUUGAAAAACUUAUUGCGGAUUACUCAAAUUCGAAUAUAGAACCGAAUAGCGAGUGGAGAUUUCUUGAUUAUGUUAGUAGCGCUGAAGAAGGUGUAUUUCGUGUGCACCGUUAUCAGGAACAAUUCAUGACAAUAUCUGAUAUCUGCUGUUUGGAAGAAUGUAUCCUAAUCCUAAAUAACGCUUUGAUCAGACGAAUACAUUCAGUUGAUGAAACUUCAACCCAAAUUAAGAAUAACAUAUCAGAUCAUAACAUUUCCAUGAACAGUGGUGGUACAUUCGAUGUCGUAUUCCAGUGUGAUACCCAUGAAGCGCAUUUAUAA